UAUACAUUAAAGUUAUAUUUUGCGCGCAUUUAUUAAUUUAUGCAAAACUAUGACAAAAAUAAAAAACAUAAAUACGCAACGGUAUUGGUUGGAUUGGUGUCGCCUGUGUGCCAACGACAAUGCGUCUGUCAAUGUGCGCCAAAAAGAUGUCUAUAUGAGAAUUAUUAGCAAAUGUUUUGAUAUCGAAAUAGGUUACGAGGAGCCCGAGCUGGGUGGAAUGUUAUGUAGCGAUUGCUAUGGCAUUGUCGGCGAACUGGUUAACUUUAUGGAAAACGUAAACAAGGUGCAGCCCAUCUUCGAGCUAUUACGCCACACAGAGCCAAACGAACAGCUCGAUGUCUUCGCCUUGAGACAACAAUAUGGGCUACAGGAUAGAGGCUCUGAGGGUGCUUACAAAACAGAACCGGCUGAUGCUGAGAGCAGUCGAGAAAACAGCUUGGAGCGCGAGAGGCAUAUAUAUUUUCAAGAAGUUGAUAACAAUAAUCAAUUGGACUUAACUCUGUCCCCAACUCCAAUUCCAGUUAAAAGAAAGCGUGGACGUCCUAAGGGCUCUAAAAAAAUAUUACCCAUCGAAUCAUGCGAGCAACCGCAAGUAGAAAUGGCAAGUUUAAAAUUAGAAGCAUCCAUUGAUUUGGAUGAGGACUUGUCAAGCACCUAUGAAAGCGUGGACCAAGCACUAAUGCCAAAUCAUAUUUGGCUUGAGGAUUGUCACCUGGAAGAGAAGAGCAAAACAUUGAAUGGUGCAGUAAAAAGAAAGCGUGGACGUCCCAAGCUAUCGGUUAAAAUGGAACUACUCGAGGAGUGGAAAGAAUCAGGUGACCACAAUCCGCCAUCACCAAAUUCAAUAGCAGAACCACAGAAGAAGGAUGAGCUGUUCACGUCCGAUCAAAGUACCAUUAAAAGAAAACGCGGACGUCCCAGAAAGCAAAAUCAAGUAAAUGGCAUGAUUGACGUGCACGACGAAAGCCUUUCUAAAUGUAAAAAUGUAGCGCUAGCUCGACUCUUAUUCGCUUCUCCAGGACCCGAAGCUGAAGGAGAUACAUCUGUUAAAUUUAAUCCUAAUGUAAAUCAAUUUAAGAAAUAUGCAGUUACGUGCAACAUGUGCCACAAGGAGCUAUCAUCGGAGAUUGGACUUAAGUAUCAUAUAGAGCGUGUGCAUAUGAAAAAGAAGCCUUUUGUAUGCGAUGUCUGCGGAAAGCGAGUACGUACGGUUUCAGAGCUAAAAGAGCACAUGCUGGUCCACACAGACGAUCGGCCAUUUGUCUGUCCAAUCUGCAACGCAGCCUUUAAAAAUAGAAAGCGUCUCAACAUCCAUAAUCAAACACACGGCGAGCCCAGCUAUGAGUGUGAAAUCUGUGGCAAGAAAUUACAAACGCGUGCCAUUUGGAAUAAGCAUAAAAAUGUUCACACGAACGAACGACGAUUUAAAUGCAGUAUUUGUGGCACUGCGACUAAGAAUUCAACGGCCUUAAAGAUUCAUUUGCUGAGUCACACAGGAUUGCGGCCAUAUAGCUGCAAGUAUUGCAACAAGGACUUUGCCAGCGGCGCCAAUUGCAGGGAUCAUAAGAUUAGGAAACACCCACUUGAAUAUGAGCAAGAUGCUGACAAAUCGUGUCGAAUACAAAGUGUGCCUACCCUAGAUGAGCUGCGUGCCUUAGCUGCGGGCAUGGAGAAAGGAGAACGGUUGCGUAAACCCAAAACUAUGAAAAUUGAAUAA